GCGGGCUGGAUAAGAGAUGCCGAGGGAUACUUAUACUAGAGUCUUAACUCCGCGGCUCUUUUUCUUUCUUCUACUAACUUUCCUACCUCAUAUUUUGACCUUCCACACAUUACUCUGCCUCAAUUGCACUUUGCACAUCACACCACUCAUACGUCCAACUUGAUCACGGCACAGCUCAACUAGAAUACCAACAUACAACUUUUCUGAACCCGUUCUCCAUUCACAGCUCUGAUCCUCUGUGUCGCUCCUCUACAGAAGCACCCACAAUGUCCUCUCCCGAUAUCUUCACCGGCUGGCUCGGCCUCGACGAGGAAUCCGCCCAAGGCAACCUCGUCUGGAAAUCCUACAUUCCGAAACCUUUCACCCCCACCGACGUCGACAUCGCCAUUUCCCACUGCGGCAUCUGUGGCACAGAUAUCCACACCCUCCGCUCCGGCUGGGGCCGCUCCGACUACCCCGUUUGCCCCGGCCACGAAAUUGUCGGCACUCUCACACGCAUCGGCUCCGAGGUCAAGCGCUUCAGGCUCGGUGAGCGGGUUGGUGUCGGCGCGCAGAGUGGGAGCUGUCUGAAGCCUGAUUGCGAGGAAUGUGCGGCGGGUAUGGAGCAGCACUGCGCGAACUUGUUCACUGGGACGUACAAUGGGAAGUUUCCGGAUGGGAGUAAGAGCUACGGCGGGUAUGCGGAACGGAUUCGGCUGCCCGCGCACUUUGUGGUGAAGAUCCCGGAUUCUUUGGAGAGUAAGGAUGCCGCACCGAUGCUGUGUGGAGGCAUCACGGUGUUCUCGCCGCUGAAGAAGAAUGGAGCUGGCCCAGGAAAGAAGGUUGGGAUUGUAGGUGUGGGUGGAUUGGGACAUUUCGGGUUGCUGUUUGCGAAGGCGCUGGGUUGUGAUAAGGUGGUUGCGAUUUCGAGGACUCAGGCGAAGAGGAAAGAUGCGCAGGCUAUGGGAGCAGAUGAUUUCAUCGCGACUGAAGAGGAGGGGUGGGCGAAGAAGCAUUCAAGAAGUUUGGACAUCAUUGUCAGCACGGUGUCGGGACCCAACAUGCCGUUGCAGAAUUAUCUGCAAUUGUUGAGGACGAAUGGGACAUUUGUGCAGGUGGGAGCGCCCGAGGAUCCUAUGCCAGCCUUCUCUGCAUUCGCGCUCAUUGCGAAGGGGUGCAAGAUUUCUGGGAGCCAGAUUGGGAGCCCACUGGAGAUUGAAGAGAUGCUGAAGUUUGCAGCUGAGAAGGGUGUCAAGCCUUGGAUUCAGGAGAGGAAGAUGGAGGACGCGAAUCAGACUAUUGUGGAUAUGGAGGACGGGAAGGCAAGGUACAGGUAUGUCCUAGUCAACGAAGAGAAUGAACAUGCGAGACUAUAAGUGGUGGUACAAGACGAGAUUUGCGUCGAAAGGUAGAAAAGAUAUCCAUGAAGAUCAAUUAUAAUUUAGAUCCCUCCGUAUUAAGCUCUUUCGAACCCCG